GUCGUUAGCUUAGUUGCAUCAAAAUCCAGAGAUCACAUAAGAGUACCAGGGUUUAGAAAUUGGUAGUUCUGCAUUAGACUUCAAGUGAGUGUUGUAUGUUCUAAGAAUGGCGUUCGACGUUAGGAAAUUGAAUCACAUUGUGAUUGCGGUCGUUGGUCUAGUUAUUGUUUUGAACAAGCUGAGUGAGGGGUUACCCAUUGACCAUCCACCAUAUGAACAAGACGGACUUUUCGAAGGAGACAUCAUUCUGAUGCCACAUCAGAUUAGUGGCCUGAAGAACCUAGUGAACAACAAGGCUCAGCUAUGGCCGAACAAGACACUGUACUACACGUAUACCGAAAGCGAGUUCAGCCCUGAACAGAGACAGCAGGUGGAGAGCGCCAUCCAAGACCUGCGUCACAACACGUGUGUCCAGUUUGUGAAGAGGAGUGCCAGCGACCCUGCCGGAACAACUUACAUUAAUUUCCGUAACACAGGAUUCGGGUGUGCUUCAGUAGUGGGCUACCACCCGAUCGGCGUGGGUCUGGAUAUGUUCCUGGGAGGACUGAGGUGUCACACGCACGGCACCAUCCAACACGAGCUGCUGCACUCGCUCGGAUUCUGGCACGAGCACACGCGACCCGAUCGAGAUAGUCAUGUUGACAUUCGUUGGGAAAAUAUUGUACCAGGUCGAGAGUUUAAUUUCAAAAAACGCGAUCUCUCCGAUACGCAAUACGAAGGAAUGCCAUACGACUAUGGGAGUGUGAUGCAUUAUCGAUCACAAGCUUUUUCAAGAGACCGCGUCAGUCCGACAAUUGUCCCCUUCGACAAGGAAGCGAGCAUUAUGAUGGGCCAGAGAAUUCGAUUCAGCAACGUCGACAUCGCCAAACUGAACCGCCUCUACAACUGCCCAACAGGAAUCUACUAUCUGGGAGACAAUCUAGUCGAACAGGAAGCUGUCAUUGGCAAUCUCUUCUUGAACCUGCGAAACACGAAUACGACUGAUACGAAUAACGUGGAAAAACUUGUGACCGAAGGCAUCAAACAUUUAAAAAAGUUGCCGUAAUCAGGUAACCAUGAGAUGAGUAAUCAAAAAGAAGGAACAGUCGAUUCAAAGCUAAUUCACUUUGGAGAUCGAUAUUAUAUAUUCUUUCCUAAAAGAAUUCAACUAGCAUAGUGGAUUACAAAGUUGAAACACAUUUUUAAGAUCAGAGUUUUUAUCCUCAUUCACACUUGCAUUUUAUCUAUGUAAAAAUCUUUAUUACUUAAUAUUUACUUAUAAAUUUGAUUUGAUUUUCAAUUCGGAAGAAAAA